GGAGGGCCAGAGCGCAUGUCCGUUGCUCUCUCUAUCACUUCUCACUUCCUCCUCACACACUCAAGGCAGCCAAACCUCAGAAUCCUAGCUCAUGGGGGAUGCAGCUUGGAUUUGACCCCAGGCCUGCCUGAUGGCAGACCCUUUCGGAUGCAUAUGCUGUCUGCUUCUUUUCUCUGCACAAAUACAUCCGAAGUCGGCCGGCAUGCAGGGACUCCCACUCUGGCAGAAUGGGUGCAAGGCGGUCUUGAAGACCGGCUGUGGACAAGAGUGUCUUCUGCCCCAGGACUGUGAAGGCCUCAUCGUCCGUUCGGCCACCAAGGUGACUGCUGACGUCAUCAACGCAGCAGAGAAGCUCCAGGUGGUGGGCAGGGCUGGCACAGGCGUGGACAAUGUGGACCUGGAGGCUGCAACCAGGAAGGGCAUUCUGGUCAUGAAGGAUACUCCUCCCCCUCCGCUGCUGUGUCUGGAGCAGGGUUUUCCUAGGCUCUGCUUUGCUUUCCUGCCCUGUGCAGAUGCACAGCCUUUGCUAGUUGAGCGGCUCUACAUCCUUUCCUUUCCUCACUGCCCUCGUCCUUCAGCAGCCAGGGUCGCAGUUUCUCUUUCACACUCCAGGGCCAAGAAGGGAAGGGUGAGGGCUGUUUUUGCAGAAACUCAGAGCAGAGGUCAACAUCCAACCGAAGAAAUGUUAAAUGCACCCCCCAAUGGGAACAGCCUGAGUGCUGCAGAGCUCACCUGCGGGAUGAUCAUGUGCCUGGCCAGGCACAUCCCCCAGGCGACAGCUUCCAUGAAGGACGGCAAGUGGGAAAGGAAGAAGUUCAUGGGAACAGAGCUAAAUGGGAAGAUCCUGGGAAUUCUUGGCCUGGGCAGAAUUGGGAGAGAGGUGGCCACUCGAAUGCAGUCCUUUGGGAUGAAGACCGUAGGGUACGACCCCAUCAUUGCGCCAGAGGUCUCGGCCUCCUUUGGUGUCCAGCAGCUGCCCCUGGAGGAGAUCUGGCCUCUCUGUGACUUUAUCACUGUGCACACACCUCUGCUGCCCUCCACCACAGGCCUGCUGAACGACAGCACCUUUGCCCAGUGCAAGAAGGGGGUGCGCGUGGUGAACUGCGCUCGGGGAGGGAUCGUGGACGAGGGGGCCCUGCUCCGGGCCCUGCGCUCUGGCCAGUGUGCUGGUGCCGCGCUGGACGUGUUUACAGAGGAGCCGCCACGGGACCGAGCCUUGGUGGAGCAUGAGCGCGUCAUCAGCUGCCCCCACCUGGGCGCCAGCACCAAGGAGGCCCAGAGCCGCUGCGGGGAAGAGAUCGCCAUCCAGUUUGUGGACAUGGUGAAGGGGAAAUCUCUGGCAGGCGUCGUGAAUGCCCAGGCCCUUACCAGUGCCUUCUCUCCACACACCAAGCCUUGGAUUGGUCUCGCAGAAGCUCUGGGGACGCUGAUGCAAGCCUGGGCUGGAUCCCCCAAAGGGACCAUCCAGGUGGUAACACAGGGGACGCCCCUGAAGAACGCCGGCAACUGCCUAAGCCCUGCAGUCAUUGUCGGCCUCCUAAAGGACACUGCCAGUCAGGCGGAUGUGAACUUGGUGAACGCCAAGCUGCUGGUGCAAGAGGCCGGGCUCAGUGUAACCACCUCCCACAACCCCGCUGUGCCCGGGGAGCAGGGCUGUGGGGAAUGCCUGCUGACCGUGGCCCUGGCAGGUGCCCCCUACCAGGCGGCGGGCUGGGUGCAGGGCUCGACACCUGUGCUGCACGCGCUCAACGGAGCUGUCUUCAGACCGGAAGUGCCUCUGCGCAGGGGCCUGCCCCUGCUCCUGUCCCGGGCUCAGCCGUCUCCUCCUGAGAUGCUGCCCACCAUGAUUGGCCUCCUGGCAGAGGCAGGCGUGCAGCUGCUGUCCUACCAGACCUCGGUGGUGUCAGAUGGGGAGACCUGGCACGUCAUGGGCAUCUCCUCCCUGCUGCCCAGCCUGGAAGCGUGGAAGCAACAUGUGACCGAGGCUUUCCAGUUCCUCUUCUAAGCUCUGGGGGGCCUUUCGGAAGAAACCUGGCCACUGGGAUCCAGAGAGAGGAGGUCCACAUUCCUCAGCUGACACUGCUUACUCUGCAGACCCUGGCUGACCCCUACAGAGAAGUGAUAAGCGGCCAAUAAAGAGCCUACGCCCAA